AUGGAAGAUUUCAGGCAAACCAUUCUUGAUUGCAACCUGGGUGACCUUGGCUAUGAAGGUUCUCAAUUCACUUGGUGUAACAAUCGAGAGGGCCCUCACUUUACCAAGGAAAGAUUGGAUAGAGCCCUUGUUAACUGUGCUUGGCAACAGUUAUUCAAUUUCAACUCUGUGAAUAUCCUGCCUGUCCAAACCUCAGACCAUAACCCCUUACUAGUCACUACCCAAAAUAGCUUCUCCCCAGCCUUCACUUCUCAAAGAAGACUCUUCAGAUACGAAGCAGCAUGGACUAAACAGAAAGAUUGUGAUGAUAUUGUUAAGAAAGCUUGGUAUGGGGCUCUCCAACAUGGUUCCAAAGCAGAUGUUAUUAGAAGAGGACUUGAGAGGGCCAUAUUCCAACAAAGGGAAUGGAACUGCAUAUCUAGAAGAAACCAACAGAAGAUCCUGUAUCAUAAAAGAGAGCAGUUAAGAGCAUUGCAGGAUGCCAAUACAGGCCAGACUAAUAACCAAAUUCAUUCUCUACAAAGGGUUAUUGAUGGCCUUCUAGAGGAAGAUGACUUAAAGUGGAAACAUUGA